AUGAAGUCGUUCGCAUUGGCUGCUCUGGCCAGCCAGAUCCUGCCAGUGUUUGGCUUUGAGAUCAAGGUCGGGGCCUCAGGUGGGAAUGCCACCAGUGGCCACCAAUACGGUUUUCUUCACGAAGACAUCAACAACUCCGGUGAAGGGGGGAUCUACGCCGAGCUGAUCCGCAACCGAGCCUUCCAAUACAGCGACAAGUUCCCGGUCUCCCUCGACGCCUGGCACUCUUUCAACAACGCCAACCUAGCCCUCAACCGCCUGGACACGCCCCUGUCCAAGGCCCUCCCAGUCUCCGUGACCGUUUCCCCCGGCAGCAACUCCUCCGGGGCUGCGGGCCUCUUCAACGACGGGUUCUGGGGCAUCGACGUCCGCCAGCAGGCCUACACAGGGACGUUCUGGGUCUACGGCGCGUACGAGGGGGUCUUCACCGCGGAGCUGCGGAGCGCCCUCGAGGACGACAAGGUCUUUGGUAGCGUCGAGGUCGAGAGCAAAGCCACGGCGGGCGAGUGGGUUGAGCACACCUUUGAGCUGAUCCCCGGCGAGGAUGCGCCGAAUAGCAACAACACGUUCGCACUGCUCUUCGACCCUGCCGGUCUCGCCGAGGGAGAGGAGUCGCUCGACUUCAACCUCAUCAGCUUGUUCCCGCCGACGUAUAAGGGCAGGAAGAAUGGUCUGAGAAUUGACAUUGCGGAAGCGCUUGAGGGGCUUCAUCCGUCGAUGCUGCGAUUCCCCGGCGGUAACAUGCUCGAGGGUCUGACCAACACUACAUACUGGGAUUGGAAAGACACCCUUGGCCCUCUGAAAGACCGCCCAGGUUUCCAGGGUGUCUGGGGCUACCAGCAAACCCACGGGCUCGGUAUUAUGGAAUAUCUUGAGUGGGCAGAAGACAUGAAUCUUGAAAUCGUUGUGGGAGUCUGGGCAGGACUGGCACUCGACGGUGGCCUAACCUCCGAAGAAGACUUCCAGGCCGUGAUUGACGAUGGACUCAACGAGAUUGAAUUCAUCUGCGGCUCGGUCGACACCAAAUGGGGCGCCGUGCGCGCCGAGCUGGGCCAUCCUGAACCCUUCCCUCUUCGAUAUGUCGAGAUCGGCAACGAGGACUGGCUCGCAGGAUUCCCGGCCGGAUGGGACUCAUACAAGGCGUACCGCUUCCCUCUAUUCCUCAAGGCCAUCAACGAGGCCUACCCCGACAUCGUCGUCAUCUCCUCGGGCUCAACCCACGACGGGUACAAACCUAUUCCCAGCCCAGGCAUCGGUGACUAUCACCCAUACCGCACCCCCAACGCCCUCGUCGACGAGUUCGACCUCUUCGACAACGACUCCGGCCACAUCGUCGGCGAGGUCGCGGCCACCCAUCCCAACGGCGGCACGGGCUGGAGCGGCAACCUCAUGCCCUUCCCCUGGUGGAUCGGCACCGUCGGCGAGGCCGUCUCCCUCAUCGGCUACGAGCGCAACGCCGACCGUAUCCCCGCCACCUUCUACGCCCCCGUCCUCCGCAACAUGAACCGCUGGCAGUGGGCCGUCACCAUCGUCCAGUUCGCCGCCGACCCCCGGCUGACCACCCGCUCCACCUCGUGGUACGUCUGGGAGCUCUUCGCCGCCCACCCCAUGACGCACACGCUCCCGGCCGAGGGCGAGUUCGGUCCCCUGUAUUAUGUCUCGGGCACCAACGAGGACAAGGGCUCGUACAUCUGGAAGGGCGCCGUGUACAACACGACCAACCACGAGAACGUGUCUGUUUCUGUCUCGUUUGAGGGCGUCCAGGCGGGGACCCAGGCGCAGCUGACCGUUCUGACCAACCCGGGGGGUGACCCUUUUGCCUACAAUGACCCCCAUACUGGAGUCAACAUUGUUUCAAAGGACACUGUAGUCUUGAGCGCGGGAGAUGGCGGGGCCUUCGAGUUCCAGCUGCCGGAGCUGAGUGUAGCUGUCCUCGAUACGGAGAAGAAAGAGAAGUAG